CGGGCGGGGACGCGCGGGGGCGGGCGCUGGGGAAAGUUUGUCUCUGUGGUUGGCUGCGCCGCGCGGCGCGGCCGGUCGGGGCGGGCGGGCGGCUCCGUGUGCUCGCAGGGCAGCGGGGAGGCGAGCGGCCGGCCGAGGAUCGUGCUGCCGCCGCCGAUCCCCGGGCGAGGUCGAGCGUGUGCGCCGGCCAUUCCCCCGCCUCCUCGCGUAGGGAGAGGCACCCGCGCAGCCCUGCCAGUAUGGGGCACCGCGGGGAGAGGGCGUCCCGCCUGCCUCUCCUUCUCCUCCUGCUGCUGCUGCUCGCUUUGUGCAGAGGGCGUGUUGUGAGGGUGCCCAAAGGUCCUCUUAUUCGAGUUGUGGGCACGGAGGUGGUGAUCCCUUGCAGUGUUAGUGACUACGAUGGACCUAGUGAACAGAACUUUGACUGGGAGUUCUCCCGGGAGACUGACUUCGUGCGGAUAGUGAGUACCUGGGAUUCUACAUUCACCUCUGAGGAAUACCAAAAACGCGUGGGCCACGGGGAUAUCAAACUGAGACGGAGCAGCAACGAUGCUGUGGAACUUGUGAUUAGAAACAUCCAGCCAACUGACCAAGGGAGAUACAAAUGCUCCACGCCCAGCACUGAUGCCACCGUUCAGGGAAAUUAUGAUGCAGAGGUCCAAGUGAAAGUGAUUUCCGAUGGCUUAUCAGUGAGUGGUUCAAAAGCACGCUCCUCAAUGCCUCUCAGACUGUCUGAGGGUGACUCCUUCAAGUUGCGCUGCUCAGCAAUUACCACCUCACCAGAGCACACUCACCUGCAUGUGACUUGGCAGAUCAAAAGUGGAUCGACUUGGCAGGACAUCCUAUCUUUGACUCAUGAGGGCAAAUUCCAGCCAGGUCCUGGCUAUGAAGAGCGCUACAGUAAUGGAGAGAUCCGCUUGGACACAGGAGCGAAUGACACAUACCGGUUAUCUGUACCCCAGGCCUCGUCGGUGGAUGGGGGUGCCUACAGGUGUCUUGUGAGCGAGUGGGUGAGAGGGGCAGAUAGCUCAUGGCAGAAGAUUCAGGAGAAGAGCGUGGAGGUAGCAAGUGUGGCAAUCCAGCAGACUGCUCUAGAUGUGGUCAUCUCAACAAGCAAUGUGUCUGUGACUGAAAGAGACUCCCUGGAUCUUACAUGCAACAUCACAACAGACAGGAGUGGUAUUUUCCAACCGGAGGUCAUAUGGUAUUUUUCUGCAUCACCUGAUGACACCUUGUCAGAUGCUCAGGUUUUGCUGAGCAUGGACCUUGAUUCUGUUGUCAGCGAUUCAACUCUCAUCAGCCUGAGCCAUGUAGAUAAGAACUCUUAUCGCCUGUUGGUGCGUGAUGUGGAUGUGGAAGACUCUGGCUACUACUUCUGCCAAGCAGCUGUCUGGGUACCACUGCACUACGGGAGCUGGCAUAAGGUGGUGGAGAGGACAUCUGCACCAGUCUCUGUGGUGGUGACAGCAUUAGAGCCAGACUAUGAGGUGUUUCUGAAUGCCUCUCAAACACCCAAGUUUUCAGAUGACCCCACAGAGCUCAACUGCAGGAUCACAAAUGCACAGGACACUGAAGCAAACAUCCGCUUCACAGUUUCCUGGUACUACAGGCAGCGCCUGCCCAGUGAUGAUGUGGUGACAGAAGAACUCCUGGCCACAAUGGAUGCAGACUGGACUCUGCUGCUUGGGGACAGGAGCAGAGAGCGGACUCAGAAUGGGGAAAUAAUCUUCUCUAAAAGGGCUGUUGACACCUUCAGUUUACGAAUCCAGUGGACUUCAGAAAGUGACAGAGGAGAUUAUUUCUGUGUCAUCUCUGCGUGGACUAGGCACCGCAACAACAGCUGGGUAAAGAGCAAAGAUGUGACUUCUGCAUCUGUCAGCAUUUUCUGGGCUACACAAGAUUACACGCUUACAGUGGAGGCGGUGAAAUUGAAGCCAUUCUUUGUAGCAGGCCACACCUUUGAGAUGACAUGCAAAGUGUCUUCAAAAAACAUCAAGACGCCACGCUAUUCUGUCCUAAUUACAGCUGAGAAGCCACUAACAGAUCAGUCAAAUCCCAAUGGAACCACUCGCAUAAUCUCCUUGAACCAGGAUUCAGUAGUGCGACUGGAAGACUGGACGGACCAGACUCGUGUGGAUGGUGUUGUUCUGGAGAAGGUCCAGGAGAAUGAGUUCCGCUACAGGAUGUAUCAGACCCAGAUUUCUGAUGCUGGGCUGUAUCGCUGUGUGGUGACUGCCUGGUCUCCAGGUGGCGGUGGCAUGUGGCGUGAAGCAGUGAACGGCUUAUCCAACCCUAUCCAGAUAGACUUCCAGACAUCAGGUCCUGUGUUUAAUGUCUCGGUGCAUUCUGACAACCCAACAAUUUACCAGGGUGAACUGGCAGAUCUGCUGUGUAUCAUCACAACGGAAGGAAUGACACUUGAGCCAGACGAUAUGUCCUUUGAUGUCUCCUGGUUUGCUGUGCGCUCCUUUGCAUUGGACAGAGAGCCCGUCUUGCUGGCCUCACUGGACCGGAGAGGGAUUGUCACGCAGAGCAGGAGAAAUGGGAGCAGUGAUCUCAGCCUGGAGAGAAUCAGCCCACUGGAAUUCCAGCUCCGCGUGCAUGGCUGUGAGGACCACGACUUUGGGAACCACUACUGCAUAGUGACCCCAUGGGUGCGAUCUGCCACUGGUGUGUGGCAGCGGGAGCCAGACAUCAAAGCUAAACCCAUCUUUCUCUCUGUGAAAAUGGAUGUUCUGAAUGCUUUCAAGUAUCCCCUGUUGAUUGGCAUUGGUCUGGCCACUGUCAUUGGACUCUUAUCCUGCCUCAUUGGCUACUGCAGCUCCCGUUGGUGCUGCAAGAAGGAAGUGCAGGAAACAAGACGAGAGCGUCGCCGGCUAAUGUCGAUGGAGAUGGACUGAGUGUGGAGCCAGAUACACUUGCAUUUCAGGAGACUCACAGGGCUCUUGGACUGUGCUGAGACACUCGCUCACAGACCCAGACAAGACAGUGCGUUUCCCCUCUGAUUUCAGCCUGGACCUCAAGCUUCUCCUUGUUACAUGUCAUGUCCUGAGAGCGUUCAGGCCGUAUUUAGCAACUUGGAGUUCUACUUUUCCAGCAGCACUUUCUGCAUAGGGAUCAUGUCCUUUUAAUGUGCAAACUGUUGAGCAUUCUUUCAGCAGGGCCCUGCGGCAAAAUUCACUAAGGUUUUUUUGGGGGUGGUUGGAGGGGAGGGGGGUCCCCCUCCUGGUUUUUUAAAAAUAUCCCUGUUUGAAAGCAUGAUGGGCAGGGUGAUGGGUGGGCAAGGGACUGGUAGAAGUGUUAGACUUUCAUUGUAUUAACCAAUCUACUUGUCCCCUCUACCCCCAUCACGCCAUCCUGCUCCCUUUCUCUGUCCACCUCAGUAUCUCACAGACUUCUCUGUGUUGGACUGAAGGCUGGGGAAGGUUCCUCUGCUGGUGCCUCGUGAGACUAUUCCAGAAAAGGAUUGGUUUAUGGUUGUCAGCAUGCCUUCUCUUCCUUGGCUUUCAAAAGGUUUGCAGUUAACCCCAAAACAGAACUUGUCUGGGUGUCUUUGAGACACUUUUUAAAAACUUCUUUUUAUUUUCUUUUCAGUGCUCAAAGCUCUUAGCUGUGGUGAAUAGGGGCUAACUUGGCAACCCUGAGUAGUCAAUCCUCAGGCAAGCAUUUGUUGAAUGUCUGCUUAUGGCCACCUUCUCCCCCACCCUUCCAUCUUCUUUUCUCCCCACUACAGCUGCUCACAUUGUGCCUGAGAUCCUGUUCUGCUUGUGGCAGGGGGCACAUGGUGUCCAGGGGCAAGGCCCAGCCUUCUGCUGGCCUUGGCAGAGAGGUGGGGGACCUUGCUCCACUGGUGAUGGUGUGACCUGGGCGAGGGGGGAAAUGAGGUGGAUCUUUGUAUGCAGUUGGCCAAUUGAUCAUGUUUAGAGAAGACUUGCAAACUGUGUAUUACCAAAUGCACAGGCCAGACUCCAAUGCUGCUUCUGCCAGUCACUCAGUGAUAACCCUUGAAUGUGUGAGCAGAGUCUGAUAUCUGCAGUAGCUGAAGUGCAGCUCAGGGUAGGAACAGGAGCAAGUCCAAGAGGGCAGCAAGAAUCCUUCAGGUUCCAGUGAUUCUGGUCCUGUGCAUGGGCCUACACCAGGGCUUUCCCCAUGGGUUUGAGACCUAUUCUUAGGUGCUAUAGUAUAGAAGUCCUGCUUUGGUCUUCCACAUACACUGACCUGGCUCCUGAAUGGGAGCAGCUCCUUCUCCAGGCAGUUCUGUCUUCCCAGCACAGCUGGUGUUUUAAGCAAUAAAAGUCAGAAUUAAGGAUACUGUGUAUAAACAAACAAGGAAGUAAGACUGUACUGCAACCUGACAUCAUGGCCAGGGUUUGGCUUGCAUCAAGAAGGGUGAGAAACAUAGAGCCGAGGCCAGGGCUCAAUCCUUUCCAGAUUUUUUUAAGAUAAAAGAAGCUAAAGGAAAGCGCAUCCAUGGAAGGUAGCGGCUGUGGUGUGCUGUUGCCAAUCUAGGCAUUUGUUAUGUAUUUGGUCUGCUUCAUUAAUAGCUCAUCCCACUGCAUAUUCCAGGGGAGCUGCAGGUCUAGUAUUUGUGCUAUGAAGGCUUCAUGUUGCAUUAGUGUUUGUGGAACCUUGCACUCAACACUAUCGCUAUUCCAAAAUCAGGAUUGUUUUUGUAGUAAAUUUUCUUUGCAUGUUUUUUUUUUUCUUUUCCUGUCUUCCAGUGUGACCUUUGUUCUGAGGCUGACAUGAGGAUUUUUUCUAGAAGGCUGCUCUGCUUCCUGCAUGUGAACAUACAUGCAGUCACAUAUGUAUACAAACAUAUGCAUAGAGAUGUCCAAUGAUUUUUGGAAGCUGAAUAUGAGACAUCUUCAAAAUGGACUUGAUUUGCAGAGCUGGGCCUUGCAACUUGUUAUUUGACUCUAAGACAUUUCCUGUAGUGUUCCAAAACUGGGACACCUGAAACCUAUACACCUCUGGAAGACUUCGUCCUGAACAUUUGUAGCAGCUUUUCUUUCUGACCUAAUGUGUUCCUUUCUGGAAGAGCUCUGAAAAGGCCUAUGUUGCAGGCAGAUGUGACUGCCUCUUCUGAGGAACAGGGCAGUAGCAGUCUCUAGCUUCUGCUGUGAAAGCCCAGAAAUUUAUAGCGAUGCUUUCCAAAGGAAGGGAGUUGAGGAAGGGACUCACUCAGAUAUUACUUGGACAGCAAGAAUUUUUCUUCCUCUUCUGUCUGCCGUAGUGAAACCUUGCUUUUUCUUUGGAUGUUAUGAAACACCUUUCUGAUGUUUGGGGUGCUGGCUGUCCUUCCCACACUGAUCUAGCAGCUUCUUUCCUGCAUUAACAUCCGCUUUCUUCAAGGAAGGCCUGUGGCAUUGGGGCAUCUUGGGAGGGGGUGGUAGCGGUGGUGAAGUUUGAAGCACAGCAUCAGUCACUUUCUGUCCUUGCAGACUGACUCCUUGUUUAUGUGCUCUUGGUUAAGUUUUAGGGAGAGAGGAUCAUGACUGUAAUGCAAUAAAUAGGGAAUGAAUGAGCAGGGAACCGCCAGCUCUUCCCAAGCACACAAUAUAGCACACUUUCUCCCUGCUGGAAAAAAAACUCAGGGUUAUUUUGGUCAGAGCUCUCUGCUCUGGUGAAAGGUCCCCAUGUCCUUAGCUAAUGCUGACCUUCCUUCGUGGCCCAUAACAAACCAUCUUUGUCAUUCCAAGUGAAGCAAAUUUGCUGCUAGCUCAUACUGCUGCCAGCCCCUUGGAAGGCAAUGCUGCAUCCCCUUCCACCCUGUAUUUGCUGUAGUUGGAAGGCUAGAAGCUGAGGGGCUAGACUUACCCCCCAGGUUUCCUUCUACUGUGCCAAUUUUGUAUUAUCCCCUUUUUUUAAAAUAGAGUGGGAAUCUUAUCUCUAAUGGAAAAAAAAAAAAACCACCCUAGGUCUCUUUUCAUGUUUUUUAUUAUUAUUAUUUCCUCUGUGACCGGGGUUUGUGUGAGUGGAGGUGUGUGUGCAUCUGGUUGUGCAUUAAACCUGCUGCAGAGUAUCAGGAGAGUAAGCUGCCUGAGAUGCAGUGCAAGCAUCCAUAUGCUCCUUGUUGCAACCUGUGGUAUUGUCAAAGUAUCCUAAGGGCUCACGCUGAUCUUCCUCUGUUUGCAUUGCCACAUCUCCUGGUUAAGCUGGUGAAUUCCUCCAGGCACUUGCAAUUUGAUCCAGGACAAGCUUGAACAUCAAAUAGCAGAAGGGCAAGAUAUUUUCUUUUGUUUUAAUUUCAGAGUUACAAAAUAAAGUGUUUGGCACGAUUCUGGAAUGCAGGUACCGAAUAGUUCUAACAAUGCUGUGUAAAAUGUUUCUUUUUAUGUUUGAAAUAAAAAGCGAGCCUUUUUGAUUA